UGGACAGUUCAAUUUUGUCCCCAGCCGGAAAUGUACAACAUUCAUUCAGCAAUGAUCGUCAUCGCUGCGGCACUCGCCGCGACAACCUUGGCGGUCGGUCAGGUCCCGACGAGCAGUUUGACUGGCCUGUCGCAGUGCAAGUUUUCCAACGGGCUAAAGUGUCUGACGUCGCCACAGAGCAACCCACUCGCGGAGACGUUGGGUCUUGGAACGUUCAAGCGCGGCGCGGGCAUGUGCUCCAUGAUGGGAGUAACCCCCGUUGUCGUCAACCCUGGGUCGACGCAGCCCGCGUUUUACGUGCCAAUCAGUGGAGAGGACGCGCACGCGAAGAUGAAACUAAGAAACAAGUUCUCGGAAUGGGAUGCAUCGAACCAAGCCGCGUUCCAGGUGGAUUGCCCGCUGUUUUACAAGGAGCAGAUUUUAGGUCAGAAGAAGGACUACUUGUGCUGCACGGAGGACCAGUACCGCACGAUGCAGACGCAGUACCGCAUGAUUGGCGGGCUGUGUGAAGUGUCCAAGCAAGUCCUGCAGAACGUCUGGUGCAACUACGCUUGCCACCCGAGUCAGACUCAAUUCAUGGACGUGAACCAGCUUCACUUCUAUCCAUCCUCGACCAACGGGUCUGUGUCGUACCCGGCCAUCGAAGAAGCCACGUACUACGUCGGUGAUGACUUCGCCCGCGACAUCUACGAGUACUCCAAGGGCGACUUGAUCGCAAAAGUGUUGUGCUCCCCUCAAGCAGGGUGCAAUUCUGGCCUCGGGUUGCUCAAGAAGAUGGGCGAGUACCAGUUCAACGGGAUUGGGUCGCCCAACCAAGUCAACUUUGUCCCAGCAUCCGCGAUGGCCAAGAACGAAAAGUGCUCGUGUGACGGAGCUUCCUCCAAUGCGAGCUGCAUCUUGCCGUUGGAUGCGAAGCUGCCUACGUGCGCUGGCGUUUGCGGCAGUGUGUGUGCGGCGGCCCCCACCCCGCUGGGAUACACCCCAGGUACCGCAAUUCGCUUUCUGUUGUCAUUUGUGCUACUGACUUGCUCUUUCAGGCUGCAACAAUGCGGUCACGAGCGGCAGUUCCAAUGCCUCGACUGGAGACGUGGACUCGACGUGGCAGCCUUUGUUUGACUUCAUGGAGGAAGCCCCGACGGACCAUAAUGCAGUCAACGUCGCCAGUGUCGUGGGGUGUGUCGGGCUGUGGGUGUUGGUGUGUGCAGUGUUGGCAUUUUUGACUCGCACCGAGUCGAAGACGGCCAGCAUGGAGGACGAGACAUCGACUGUGGAGGCGCCGAUAUCAAACACAAGCUACGUCGAGACGGUGGCGAGUCGAGCGAUGGCGUCGUGGGGGUCUUUCGUAGCGCGCCAUCCAGCGCGUAUCCUCAUGGUCAUGACGGUCAUGGCGGUGUUCGCGAUGGCCGGACUACAUCGCGCCGUGAUCGAAGUAGACCCAAUUAAACUGUGGGUCGCCGAAUCCAGCACAGCGUUCAAGGAGCGCGAUCGAUUCGGCCAGCUCUUCAUGCCGUUUUACCGGACGUCGCAGAUGAUCUUGCGGCCGAAAGACGGCGGGACCAUUGCUCGCGGCCCAGUUCUCAAGGAAGCGCUUGCACUUCAAGCCAAAGUGGCGGCACUGCAGGCGACCGUCGACGGCGCAGACGUCCGGCUCGAAGACAUUUGCUGGCGGGCAACAGGAACAGCGUGCACGAUCAACUCGAUCACUCAGUACUUUCAAAACAACGUGACGCACUACGACGUGUACGAUCAGCACAACCUGGCGCUCGUGCACUUUGCAAACUGCUUGUUCUCGCCGUCGUACGCUGACGUCCAGACGUGCCAGAAGCUUGCCGCCAAGAACGUCGUGCUCCCUCCGACUAUGAGCGAUUGCCCAUGCUUGUCGUCGUAUGGCGCGCCCAUGGACAUGUACACGACCGUCCUCGGCCAGUUUCCGCCCAACGCUCGGGACAACGUGGCGCUGUUCCAAGAGAGCAAAGCCAUGUUGAGCACGAUCCUGGCGUACAACUACUACGACGAAGCGCAGAACGCCAAGGCCAAGGCGUGGGAGCGGCGGUACAUUGACUUCCUCCAGGUUGAAGCCCGGGAGAAUGCAGUCUUCACGAUCGAUUUUAUGGCGGAAGUGUCGAUCGCAGACGAAAUCGCGGUCGCGUCCAAAGGGGACGUCACCCCCGCCGCGCUCUCGUACGUGCUCAUGAUCAUCUACGUCACGCUCGGCAUCAACCGGUGGAACUGGCGCGACCUGCGCCACUCGUUUACCCAUGCCAAGCUCCUCGUCGGAUUCUUGGGCAUUCUUCUCAUUCUCGUCAGCGUCGUCUCGACGAUCGGUCUCUUUUCGUGGUUUGGUGUGCAUGUUCAGAUUGUGAUCAUGGAAGUCGUGCCGUUCCUGACACUCGCGAUCGGCGUCGACAAUAUUUUUCUUCUCGUGCAUCAAGUCCACGUCGUUGAAACAGCCGAGAGGACGGAGGGGUCGCCACUGGCCGUCGACGUCGUCUUGGCCAACGCUGUCGGCAGGAUCGGUCCGAGCAUCGUACUCGCCAGCAUCACAGAGUCGGCGGCGUUCUUGUUUGGAUGCAUCAGUCCAAUGCCGGCGGUGCUCUGGUUCGCCGCGUUUUCCGCCGCCGCUGUCUUCGUCAAUCUAGUCGUUCAAAUGACCAUGUUCCUCGCGCUCUUGGCGUUGGACAAGCGCAGAGAUGCGUCCAAGUCGACAAUUCGGCGCACCAAUAUGUCUCGAUCUGCGACGUCCGAGUUGCAAGUCCCUCUGGAAGCCACCCCAGCGCCGAUUCUAACCCCUGUGGACCCCCCGUCGCCCUCCAAGGUUGUACAUAAGUCGUUAGCAGAACGAGCUGUGGAAGCGUACGCGUCGCUGCUCGUCCAGUGGCCCGUAAAACUCGCGGUCGUGACCAUCUUCUUCACGUGGACGCUUCUGUCCAUCCGGUCCGCGCAGUGGUUGGAACAAGGGCUGAAUAACAAGGACGCGAUGCCUUCCAAGUCGUACAUGGUGUCGUACUUUGACGCGAUCGAUGCCACACUCGAGACCGGGCCACCCAUCUUUUACAUUGUCGAGGCUGGGUACAAGUCCAAUCCCAAGUCGUUCGACUUCUCCGACACCACAACAACGCAGCUCUUUUGCAAAUCCAAAGCAUUCUGUGCCGCGCAGUCGAUUCCGAACAUCGUCGAAGCCCUUGGCAACGGAGGCCGAUCGAAUCUCACCCGCAUGGCUCCUGGCGUGUACUAUUCGUGGCUCGACGACUUUUGGCCGUUUGCGAGCGCCCAGACAGAGUGCUGCCGCGUGGACGCCGCGACCAAGACGUAUCUACCUCUGAAUGCCGCGAAUGCGUCGUACAUGGCAGUGCGAAAAGCGAGUCCGUCCUGCUUGCCAGCAACGAUGUCGACACCGCCCAUUCCCAAGGAAAACUUUAUGGAUUUAUUUCGCAUCUUUGCCAGCGCAAAUGCCGGUCCGCUGUGCUCGCACGGAGGUGGUUCCAUCUACCGCGGUCAAUUCAGCAUCGACAACAACCCAAUCCCGGUGGCAUCGACCGACCUGGCGCUCCAUUCGUCGACGGGCAAGUCGUCUGCCGUCACAGCUGUGUCGUACAUGGCCAUUUCGAACGCCAAUCCGACGCAGCGCGACUACAUUGCCACGUACAAGCAAGCGAGAAAAGCGGCCGAGUACAUGUCCCAGACGACUGGCGUCCACGUGUGGGUGUACUCGAUUUUCUUUUGCUUCUUCGACCAGUACCUCACCAUUGUGAACGACACGUUUUUGCUCGUGGGGCUGGCCCUUGCUGCGAUUUUUGUGCUGCAUGUGGUGUACUUUGGGUCGUUUGUCGUGCCGCUCGUGGUCACGGCCGUCAUCGCAAACGUUUGCGUCACAGUGGUCGGGCUCAUGCAACCGUUCGGCAUCCUCUUGAACGGGCUGUCUGUGGUCAAUUUGAUCAUUGCGGCUGGAAUCUCGGUCGAGUUUUGCUCCCACUUGGCCCGAUCGUUCUACUUUGCCAAGCCCACGAGUACGUCGGGCAACAGUCGCGCCAAGGACGCAUUGCACCACGUCAUGCUGUCGGUCGUGUUUGGAAUCACGAUCACCAAGAUCGUUGGGUUGAGUGCGCUGACCCUGUGCGACUCGCGUGUGUUUCAAAAGUACUACUUCUGCAUGUACCUCACGAUAGUCCUCAGUGGACUCGUCCACGGCAUGGUUCUCCUCCCUGUCUUGCUUAGUCUCGCCGACGACUUCACCGGUCGGUGGAAGCGCCGAAAACUCGUCUAGCGUCGUCAUUUCGUUCGGCCUUGAACUAAUCCAUGACGUUCUCGUUCAGUUCUUGCCAAAUUCGCAACGUGCGCUGGCUGGACUUGCAACUCUCAUAGAAGUACUGGUGUGUAGUACAGCCAUGCCACGUCGAAAGAUGCUGUCGUCCAGUCGCUGCCGCAUCCUUCCUCGUCCGAGCCAUGAGGUAGCCUACCACGAUAGCGUCAUGCCGCGCCGAACGACGACGGCUACCGGCGGAUUGCUGCGGUUGGUGCUGUAAACGGGAAUCGUGACGGGGGCUUUCUCAUGUCUCCAUCGAGCUGGUGUGCUGCACCUAGAUUGAGGAGAUGUGGGCACGGAAUGCGGUGUGCAACGAGCAUCGGCA